CAUCACCUGCGGCUUCACCAAGGUCCCGCUCCUCCGUGUUUCAUCCUCCUCUCAUUGUUCAAUAGCAUGCGAAAGAAACGCACCGCAGCUCGGUGAUUGGCUCAAUCACAUGCCAGUUUAUUUAGAGCCUCUGUUUCCCGCCAUCACCCCCCUUAACGUGUGAGCGCGACAUCAGCACACGCCAUAAAUUUAUAAACCGAAUUAAGACGUCCUCUCCAGCCAUCAUGGCAGUCAGGCUGUGUGAUGUGGCUUCUCUUCUGAGAAGUGGCUCGUGGGCAGCCGAGCCGUGGACUGGGCAAGUGAUCACUGCCAUGGAGACGCAGUUGUCCAACGGACCAAGCUGUACCACCAGCAACGGUCUCAACAGCGUCUCUAACAACUGCACGUCACCUGUGGAGAUGCCCAACGGAAACGAGGACAGUAAAACCAACCUGAUUGUGAACUACCUGCCGCAGAACAUGACACAGGAGGAGCUCAAGAGUCUGUUCGGCAGCAUCGGAGAGAUAGAGUCCUGCAAACUUGUGCGAGACAAAAUCACUGGUCAGAGUCUGGGUUAUGGCUUUGUAAACUAUGUGGAGCCCAAAGAUGCAGAGAAAGCCAUCAACACUUUAAAUGGACUCCGACUACAGACUAAAACCAUCAAGGUGUCAUAUGCUCGACCAAGUUCGGCCUCCAUCCGUGAUGCUAACCUCUAUGUGAGCGGUCUUCCUAAAACUAUGACCCAGAAAGAGCUGGAGCAGCUCUUCUCUCAGUACGGCCGCAUCAUCACCUCCAGGAUCCUUGUGGAUCAGGUCACGGGUGUGUCCAGAGGUGUGGGCUUCAUUCGAUUUGACCGACGUGUUGAAGCUGAGGAGGCCAUUAAAGGGCUGAACGGACAGAAACCACCAGGUGCCACCGAACCCAUCACAGUGAAGUUUGCCAACAACCCCAGUCAGAAGAGCAGCCAGGCGCUGCUGUCCCACCUGUACCAGUCACCCAACAGACGCUACCCAGGACCGCUGGCCCAGCAGGCCCAGAGAUUCAGGCUGGAUAAUCUGCUUAACAUGGCAUAUGGAGUCAAGAGUAGAUUCUCACCCGUGACCAUUGACGGGGUCACCAGCCUGGCAGGCAUCAAUCUCCCAGCUCAUGCUGGCACGGGCUGGUGCAUUUUUGUGUACAAUCUGGCACCGGAUGCUGACGAGAACGUCCUCUGGCAGAUGUUUGGCCCGUUUGGUGCUGUGACUAAUGUAAAAGUCAUACGAGACUUUAACACAAACAAGUGCAAAGGAUUUGGCUUCGUAACCAUGACAAACUACGACGAGGCUGCCGUAGCAAUCGCCAGUUUGAAUGGGUACCGGCUCGGGGACCGGGUUUUACAGGUCUCCUUCAAGACAAACAAAACACACAAAGCUUGAUUGAAUGACAUUAUGCAAACAUGACUUUACAUGACAGGAAAUAUUUCAUGUUUGUUUUUUUUUUUUUUUUUGUUUUUUUUUUU